CAAGAGGUUCGCGUGGUGGUGAUUUCUGUAGAUAAGGAUGAAAAUUGCUUAGUUCAUUGAGUCAAUUUAUGAGAUUUUUAAUUUAUCUAAUAAACGAAAUUUGCAAACAGAGUGGUUAAUAAUAAGAAGAUAGUAAUUAUCGAUCAUUGAAGUCUCAAAACGUGUGUGUUUAAAAUCUUACAUAGCAUAUAAAGUAUAAACAACGAACUUUUAAAAUGCCGGAAGAAGAAACUCCAACCGUAAACACGGCAAAUUAUGAUCCCAACAUACUUCCGGACAUGUUACCUGUCUAUUACAAAAGAUUAUUUCCGCAUAAACCAUUUUACCGUUGGUUAUCAUAUGGACUUUCUGAAAGCAAUAUUUUUGCGAAUCGUGAGUUCUCCUACACACUCCACGAUGAUAUAUACAUUCGUUAUCGUUGUUACGAUACUCAAAGUGAAUUGGAAAACGACAUCUGCUCGACGUGUCCACACAAAAUCGACAUUGGUGCAGUUAUGAAUACCAGACCUAAGAACUUUCGUAUCACAUCAACAGCAAUGCAGCCAGUACAACGUGAGCUGGUUUUCGAUAUUGACAUGGAUGAUUAUAACGAUGUGCGCACCUGUUGCACCGGUGCAACGGUAUGUUUAAAAUGCUGGAAAUUCAUGGCUUUAGCCGCCCGUCUGCUUGAUGCAGCUCUACGUGAAGAUUUUGGUUUCGAGCAUAUAUUAUGGGUAUUUUCGGGCCGUCGUGGUGUCCACGGAUGGGUGUGCGAUUAUGAUGCACGUCACUUAGAUUCGAGAGGACGCUCCGCACUUGCCGAGUAUCUACAAAUUACUUCUAAUGUAACUAUUAAUGGUGUGAUUAUAGCGCGCGUUCAAAUUGGGGAACGUAUGCAUCACAGUGUCCGACGUGCGCUAAAAUUUAUCGAGCCACUGUUUGAGGAGAUUGUUUUGGAGGAUCAAAAUUUAUUUGGAGACGUCAAAGGUGUUAAUAAAUUAUUAUUAAUGAUUCCGGACGAUACGGCUCGUAAGGAUGUAGAAACGUAUUUAAGGAAAACGCAUGAUGAUGGUGCACAUUCUCGAACAAUAUGGGCCACUUUUGUGCGCUAUGCAAAUUCCAUGCGAACAGGCACUGCUAACGUUUGGACACGCAAACUAAAAAAUAUAGUUGAGGAGAUUCAGCUGGGUAUACUUUACCCUCGUUUGGACAUCAAUGUUACCAAGGGCAUGAAUCAUUUACUCAAGUCACCUUUUUGUAUUCACCCAGGAACUGGAAAAGUUUGUGUUCCGUUUAAUUGUAAUGCCGCUGCAAAGUUCGACCCCACCACAGUACCUAAUAUAGCACAGUUAUUGCAAGAGAUUAACGCUUUUGACGACAAAUCAAAAUGUCAAGAAAAUGGUCCGGAAGACAAAAGUCGCAUUAAAGACUACAAGAAGACUGGUAUGUUUAAGGGAGUUGUAGUGUUUGAAGAAUUCUUACGGAAAUUGGAGAGUAGCUUAAAAGCAAAAGCAAUUGAUGUAAGUGACCAAACAAUGGAGUUUUAGUUGUCAUAUGGUAGGUUUAAAAAAUCAAAAAGUUAAUUCUAAAAUAAAUAUUUAUUUCGUAAUUAA